UUGGCUGCGCUCUCAAUAUAAACACCGCCGGGAGUUUCCGAAAAGCCACAUUCAGCUGUCAAGACUGAACAAUGGUUAACAUGAGCUAUCACCAAUUUUUACUAAAACAACCACAUUCGUGUUCAAGACAGUCGAGGAGACGAGCGAAUAGAAGAAAAAGGAAUUGUUGGGACAAGCUAUCUCCAACUAAUUGGCUAACUUGAUCAAGAGUGACAAGGUCCAGUGUGAACUGUGUAGCCAGGAUUCUGUGCUUUGUGAGUGACUGGCAUCAUGACUGCCGAGUGGCUACACCUGCCCCCGCCGUACCCCCCUGGUGUGGGGCCGCUGUGUGGUGCAGAGUUGGAGGCGUGGUAUGAGGACCUGCAGGACAUUCUGGGCUCUGACACAGGAGGGGCCAAAGUGGCACGUGCACCCACCUGUACAGAGAAAGAGCCAGAAUUUCUGGACGUCCUGGAGAGUUGUUCUCUGACAUGGCUGUCGGACGGAAGUCAGACAUGGAGUGAAGGUGUCCAGAGGGCAACAGAGAUCCAGGCUCUUCAUCACACUUCUUCUUCCUCAUCUUCGUCCUCCUCUUCGUGCAUGAGUCCAGCUGUGGCAGAGGAGUGGAGGGGCGAGGGGGAGAGAGGCAGAAGUGGAGACAGCUCUACAGGAGGGGGCAGUGACCUGCUGCCUCCUGAGUUUUUUGCAUUGCUGAGUGAUGGAGGGCUGGUGGAUCAAAUCGGAGAGGGCUAUUACUACCACCACCACCAGACCACUCAUGCCCAUCCAGGGUCCCCUUCAGCUAGUGAGGAGGAGCUGCCCUGUGUCCCAGAUUCACCCUCCUGUUCCUCCUCAGCCUCGCAGUCGCCAUCACAAAACUGUUCUUCACCCUCCUCACCUGUGUCCUCUCCAUCUGUGUAUCAGUCCUCCCGUCUGGGAAAACGCAAGAGGAGCUGCAGCGAGAGGGCCAAUGGUGCCUUGUCCCCUUUUGCAUUGACCACACCAAGAACAUCUUCAUCUUACUCAUCAGCCAAAAAGAGUCGCAAGGAGCGGGAGCAGGAAAACGAGAGGAAAGUCCAGGAGCUGACGGAGCAGAAUGAGCGUUUGAAAGCAGAGAUCGAGAGGCUUGGCGAGGAGGUACAGAGGACGCGUCGAGCCCUGAUUGAAAGACUAGUCAACACCAGGAAAUGAAGCAGCAGUCAACAAAGUUUAAAUUGGAAUUGGUGGGAAAAGGUUUGAUAUGAAAAUAAGGUGAAAGUCCUAUGUUGUAAAAAAGGAAACCAAAGAUGUUUUUGGGAUGCUGAAUUUUGGACGAGGAAGAAGACCAGAAGAAAAAGAAUGAUGAAAGUCUAGGACAGGAGGGCAGUGAGAGAAAAGGCUGCAACAGCAAUGCGGCAAAUAAAGACACAGCAUGUAUUAAGGAAAGGAAGAACACAUGGAUCCAAGUGCUACUUAUUGAGUGUUUUGUGAAUGUCAGGAGUAAGAAUGCUUGUCAUAUGUCCGAUUGAAUGCAACUGUUGAAGAACAGUUUGUCAUUUACUUAAGUAGGACAAAGGACAAAAGGGAGUGUACUUCAGAGAAAACUAUGUUAUAAGCCUUUUCCCACCAUUUUGCAACACAUUACCCCUUCGAUCUAAAGGGCUGCAAGCUGGCUAUUAGAGAUUAUCUGUCCCAAUUUGCAGAUUUUAUAUAGCUCAGGUAAUCCUUAAAAGUGCCCAGAACAGUGCGAGUAUGUAAGGAUAACUUUUUGGAGAAAUUGUACCUUUUCUUACUUUUUUAAUCUAUAGCUUUGUGUCGUGUCUUAGGUAAAGCAGUAGAGACUGGCUAAACUUUCUAAGCUGACCUUUUCUAUCAAUACUGGAUUUUUGAAAUAGAUCACAAUUGUGUAACUCAGCAAUUAUUUACUAUUUUUAUAUAAUGCUGUAUCAUAUAUGUACUGUAAUGGCUUUAACUGUCAUGUUCUGACAUAUAUUCACUGGUAUUUUCUUGUUGUAAAUUGCAAAAUGUAGAAUAUUGUGCAUGGCGCGUAUCAUUUAUGGCAUAACAUGUAUUUCCCCAUACUGAUUAUUUUGUAACUUCCUGUAAUCUCAAUUUUACAAUAAAAGUAAAACAAAAGAUCAGA